AUGAACAACGCCUCGUCAGAUUCUUCUAGCGCCCAUUCUUCGGCCUCGGGCCAUGGCGUGGCGCCCAUAAGCCCGGAUCUUCGUCGCAGCUCUAAUUCACCUUCUCUCGCAAUUACUUACUCGGAUAUGGCGACACAAGAAGAUCAACAUUUGCACAAUGUGGGCAUUGCGGCUCUAGCGGCCGUCGCGCAGUAUCCACACGCUAUUAACCACGAAAGCCGCUCAUUCCUAGUUUCCGAAGUUGUUAAUGCUGUCACCGGCGGUGCAUCGCCGCUACCUGUUUCUGAUCUGGGAACUUCUGGGCGAAAUGAACACGUUCUACCGCCUGUCCAUGAAAGCUUCCACUCAACCCGAUCUGAAGAGGAUACUUUGUCCAUUGAAUCAGAAAACAUGUCACCAGUGUCACGGGCUACUGAAAAUGAUGUCGACAUGGAAAGUAUUGUGCAGGACCUAAUCGAGCGGACCGCAACCUGGCAGAACGUUGCUACGAUCGCAAAUGGCACCGACGAUGACGGCUUACAGAAGGAUAUGGUUGUGGAUUACGAUUCUCCGUUAGAGGAAGAUCAUUCAUCGCCAUCCACAAACCCAGACGACGAUCUGGAGGAUCUUCUGAGGUUUUAUCCCGACGAAGACUAUUUUUACCAUGAGCGCCUCGCUGCGCAAUACCCAGAAUCUGCUAAGCACGAUAUCAAUCUGGAUGAGUUUUAUCAUCCAGUUGCUUAUGACAUUACCGUUGGAAGUGUGGCGCAGGCGCCUCAAACCCCGACAAAUACUGCUUUUGCAGUUGAUCAGCAAGCUGAACAAGCCAUGGAGCAUCCUGCGUCUAUUAUUCACACAACUACAUACGAAAGGAACUUGACAAUCGAUGAGUUCAUUCAAAGAUGGAUGGUCCAGUCAAAUAUUAUACCCCAUGGGUUCCACUCCGAAAACAGAAUUCCACCUCAGCUCCGGCCGUUAUCUAAGAUCAUGGGGUGGACGCCACCGCUUGAUACCUAUCGACCUCAUGAACAACAAAAUGGAUUCUAUGACCUCCAGCAGAUGCCGUGGACUGAAACUCUCAAAGUGAAGCGAGCCGACGCUAGGACACUCCGUGACGCCUGGUAUACGUCCUACCAUAACCUCGAUUACUCGCAUAACAACCGUGCAGAAAAUCUACCUCAAGUGGAAUCUUAUUUCCGGGCCAAGUCUAUGCAUACUGCACACAAAGCUUCUGUUGAGCAUUUUCAGCUCCGCAACUUAAUGUCGGUUCCCGCAUACAAUACGGUCCAUUUCGCCAGUCGCUCAAAAGUAUACUCAUGGACGCCCAUUUUCGACGAUACUCGCUGUCUGAUCGACCUUUCCCAUCCGUGUCCCGAGUCGGGAAUUCUCGGACCAGUCAAGAUUUCUAGUAUGAAGUCAGCACACGGGUUGACGAUCGCAGGUGGAUUCUGUGGUGAGUAUGCGCUGUGCGCAGCAGGUGGGGAAGGCUCCGGCGCCAAGGGCCUGGUUACCCCGGACUUUAAUGACGGCAUUACAAACCACGUGGAUAUUAUUCCCAACCGGUCCGGUCGGUCUCCUAUAUGCGUGUUUGCUUCGAACGAUCGUCAUCUACGUAUAUUGGACUGCGAAACGAACAUCUUCCUCUCUGACCAACAGCUGUCCCGCCCAAUCAACUGCACUGCUACAUCCCCGGACAGCCGCCUGCGUGUCGUUAUUGGCGACUCCCCGGACGCAUGGGUCAUUGAAGCCGAUACUGGUAAACCAGUGCAUCCUCUCCGCGGCCAUCGUGACUUUGGCUUCGCUUGUGCCUGGUCCCCUGAUAUGUGCCACAUCGCUACUAGCAAUCAGGACAAAACGGUCAUCAUCUGGGACACUCGCACCUGGCGCCCCUUGGAGACAAUUGACUCCGAUGUCGCCGGCUACCGCUCCCUUCGCUACUCUCCUGUCGGCGGCGGCCCACGCACUCUACUCUGCUGUGAGCCCGCAGACCGCAUCUCCAUCAUUGACGCCCAGCUGUACCAAACCCGCCAAGUUCACGACUUCUUCGGUGAAAUUGGCGGCGCAGACUACUCGCCGGAUGGGAAUGUCAUCUGGGUCGCCAACACGGAUCCGCACUUUGGCGGGUUCAUGCAAUACGAGCGCCAACAGUGGGGUCACGCAUAUGGUCUCACCGAUUUACCGAAUGAGUGGUUGCGUGAGGCAGAGCUUGAAUCUGAUCCACGAUGUGUUUUAUCCUCGAAGGAGAGGCAGCUACGAUUCUUGCGCAAUUUGUCCGAUGACGAUCAUGAUUCGUUUAUUUUGUAA